GGUUAGCGAGUCGCGAGGCUGAGGUUGACGAGAAAAUAAGCGGAAAAACAACAUCAAAAUAAAACGAGUCUGCAGCGCACGGAGACCUUCAAGAUACGCCGACGGAACUCUCGCAACAACGGGGAGCAAUUAAGUACCUUCGAGUGCAAGGUUGGGAGUGCUGAACGGCGUUUUUUUCCGUGUGGGAUACUCGAACGGCGGAUCGCGGGCGAGCGGGAGACGGGCGCCGUCGUUGCUCGCAUGUUCCUGGGCGCGUGUCCACUCGAGGGCGAGGCCUCACAUGGCAGCGGCCGCGUUUGGCUGGAGUAGUGGAGCGGAUACAGUGUAGUGCUGCCUGGAGCCGACUUUUUAAGGAAAUAAUUGCUACAGUAUUUUGGAUUUAAACCUCACCCCAGUGAAGACAACCAUGGAAUCGACGGUGGAUGACGAUGCAAUGGAAGCGUGAGGGCGUGAAUGAGGUUUGGCGUGGCGAUAGCUAAACGAUGCCCAAAGGUGGGGGUUUUAAAACGCCCCAGCUGGAGGACUUCCCGCUCAACACCGAUAUGGUGGAGAAGCAGACUGGCAAAAAGGAUAAAGUCUCUUCAAACAAGACUCCCAAAUUAGACCGAAGCGAUGGAAUUAAAGAGAUGAAAGAAAAGGCUCCGAAGAGGAAGCUGCCUUUUACUGUUGGAGCCAAUGGAGACCAGAAGGAUUCUGACUCAGAGAGGCAAGGCCCAGAGCGAAAGCGGAUCAAGAAGGAGCCCACCAACACGAGGAAGUCGGGCUUGCCUUUUGGUAUGGGCCUACCCGGUCUCCGGGCUGGAUACCCCCUGUCAGAGCGACAGCAGGUGGCCCUCCUCAUGCAGAUGACGGCAGAGGAGUCUGUAAACAGUCCAGGUGUGCAAGACACGACACCAAAGCACCAGUCCCAGUCAAGUCUUGGCCAGAAGGGAACACCCAACUCUGCCUCGAAAACCAAAGAUAAAGUGAACAAACGCAACGAGAGGGGCGAGACACGACUUCAUCGGGCUGCUAUCCGUGGUGAGGCACGGCGCAUCAAGGAGCUCAUCAAUGAGGGCGCAGACGUGAAUGUGAAAGACUUUGCGGGCUGGACCGCACUGCACGAGGCGUGCAACCGGGGUUAUUACGACGUGGCUAAGCAGCUGCUGGCAGCCGGGGCAGAGGUCAACACCAAGGGUCUGGAUGAUGACACUCCGCUGCAUGACGCAUCCAAUAACGGGCACUUCAAGGUGGUGAAGUUGCUAUUGCGAUAUGGAGCAGAUCCUCGCCAAAGCAACAGGAGGGGAGAAACACCAUUGAAAGUAGCCAACUCCCCUACCAUGGUAAACUUGUUGCUUGGUAAAGGCACUUACACUUCUAGCGAGGAGAGCUCUUCAGAUUCCUCAGAGGAGGAAGAUGCACCAUCAUUUGCCCCAUCAAGUUCUGUUGAUGGCAAUAACACGGACUCUGAGUUUGAGAAGGGCCUGAAGCUGAAAGGGAAGAACCUCGACCCGCCGAAAACCACAGUAACACCAGUGAAGGACGAAUAUGAAUUUGAUGAGGAUGAUGAGGAGGAGCGGGUCCCUCCUGUCGAUGACAAGCAUCUCCUCAAAAAAGAGUUCCGCAAGGACCCCAUGGGCAAACCAAACAGCUUCAUUUCCAUCCCCAAAAUGGAGGUCAAGACAUAUUCCAAAAGCAACUCACUGACACCAAAGAAGACUGCACGCCGCAUCAUUUCUGACACCAACAGCUCAGAUGAGGACGACCGAACUUUUUCACCGUCUCCUGCAGUUAGGCAGCCUGCAGCAGUAGCAAAGAACCGAGAGUCCAGCACUCUGACCUCCAAACAACUGAAAGAAAAGAAUAAAGUUAAAAAGAAGAGGAAGAAGGAAAGUAAAAACAAUGCUAAUAAGGAGGUGCGGUUCAGUAAACUCAGCGAUAAAUUCUGCACCUCUGAGUCAGAGAGCGGGGACGAGGAGAGCGAAGAUGAUAAGGGCUCCCUGAAGAGCUCAAACUGUGUGAAGGACUCCAAUACGUUGAACCUUAAGGAAUCAUGUGUUUUCGGUUCUCUGUCUGCAUUAUCCUCCUCCCACAGCAGUCUAACAUCUCAAAAACUGACACAGUCUUUAGCAGAGCAACACCCUAAGCAAUGGAGAACGGACGGCUGGAAGACAGUGUCCUCCCCAAUGUGGUCCGACCUUAGCUCCUCCUCAGAUUCUGUCAGAACCAGGCUCUCAAGCGAGUCAGACUUCUCUUCAGCGGACUCCAGCAUAGAGUCUCUGAAACAUGUGAAAAAGAAAUCACAGGAGAAUAGGAAGAAGAAUAAUAUUCAUACAAACUCCACAGAAAAGAAGAGCUCAGAUUUUAUCAAGAACUCCAACUUAGACGGAACAGUCUCCAAGGCAGACAAAGAUGGUAAAGUUCUAAAAAAGCAUAAAGUUAAACACAAACACAAAAGCAAAGAGAAGGAGAAGGCUCCUAGCCUUGUACUGAACCAGGACAUGAAUGAAAAAUUUGUCAAGAGCUUUUCGUUUGAUUUUGAUGACACACGACAAAAGUCACUCAUCAUGGAGGCAGAGUCUCCUGCAGACAACAAAGUGAGGCUCUCUAAGCAUGACAAAGACCAUUUUAAAAGGGAAGACCGAUUGUAUAAGGGCAAGUCCGAAGAUAAGGAGUGGACUCCUGGAAAAGAGAUUGGCCGACCUAAAGAUGAGAAAUUUAAGAAAUCUAAAGAGUUUAAGGAGAAGACGAGCAAGGAGGAGAAGGAUAAAUCCCUCAAAAUGGAUAAAGAAAGAAAUCUUAAAGAAAAGAGUAAGGAGGAAAAGCAGAAGACCCACAAGGAUGAGAAAAGGAGGAAAUCCAAGGACAAACCCUUUAAAACAGAAAAAAAGACUGAACAAAUAGAAGAUAAAUAUUCUAAAUCUGAGAAGGAUAAGAGUGUAAAGGAGGAUCGGGAAAAAUCAAAAAAGGACAAGAUUCCAAAGGAAGAGCCUGAUUAUGAGGACUAUGAUAUCAAGGGACGGAUUUUAGAAGAUAGCAAGUUCAGUGCUUCUGAUGAUGACAAUGAUCACUGGGUCUCAGACCUUUCCUCUGAAUCAUCUCUCUAUGGAGAUGAUAGCUGGGAUGUCCCAGUGAAGGAGUACAAAGAAUACAAAACAAACAAUUCAGUCAGACUGAUUGUGGAGACAGUGAAAGAUGAAGGUCGGGAUCGAAGGAAGGAAAAUAAAGUGAAGGACAAAAAAACGGAACAUAGUGAAAAACGUCCAGACAGAGAUUCUACAUCCAAAAAGAAAGAUUUUUCAGACAAAGGGGGUGAAAAGAAAAAGGACUCUGAUAAAGUAAAACUGAAUUCAAGCUACUUGUCUGAAAAGGAGAAAAAGAGGAAAGAGUCUGCAGAGAGUGUCAAAGAAAAGAAAGAUGCUAUUGACAGCAGCAGGGAAAGAAAAGAUCCUUAUGAGUUUGCAAAAGAGAGGAAGGAUUCUAGGUUUAAACAAGAUGACACCUUAAGAGAUGAGUAUGGCAGUGAAAGUUUUUUCAAAGACAAAUCUGAGCUUGAGACUGUUGCUAGAUUAACAGAAGCUAGAGAGAGGAACUACUCUGGAAGAGAUAUGGAGAAAAAAGGGGAUGGUUUGGAAAGGGACAAGAAGGAUAAAUCAAAACCUGACAAACACAAGGAAAAACCUAAAGAAAAAGACAGAAAUGCUCAGGACUCAGAAAAGGGCAAAAUAGACAAAAGCGCAACUGAAAAACCUCCUAAAGAGAAAGACAUGGACCGAAGUUCCAAAGACAGGAAGGAAGCAAUGAAAGACAAACACAAAGACUCCCACAAUAAAGAUAAAGAGAGGAAAAUGUCUUCUGAGCAGAUGAAAGACAAGAAGGAGAAGACCUCCCUGGAAAGACACAGUGACAGGGAUAAGGACUUUCUGGAGGUAAAGAAGGAAGAGAGAAAACCAGAGAAGGUGAGAGAAAAGUCCUGGUACAAUAUUGAUGAUAUUUUCACAGAUGAGAGUGAAGAUGAAGAUCAUUACAAUGGAUGUCUUAUAGCAGAUGUCCACAGAAAAGAUCAUACACCUGACAGGGAUGACAUGGAAAUUUUCCAAACUGAGAAACAUCGAAAGUACUCUGCAGAAGGGAAGCAACAUUCCUUAGACAAGCAUAAAGAAAAGGAGGGUAAAGAGAAGAAAAAAUUGUCAUCUGAUGGUUGGAAAGAGAAAAAGCCUUCUUUUGAGAAACAUAAAGAUAAAAAGGACUCUCUUGAUGUAAGACAUAAGGAUCGCAAGGAUCGUAUUUCCCUUGACUCCACCCAGGACAAGAAAAACAAACAAAAGUUGCUGGACAAGAGGCAUUCAAGUGAAGAAAAGCUUAAGGGCAGGUACAAGGAUAAGCUUGAGAAAGAGCAUCUGAAGGACAGAAAACCGUCGAAGGGAAGUGGUGAGAAUGAGAAAUCCCUUCUAGAGAAACUGGAAGAAGAGGCUCUGAAUGACUACAGGGACGACUCCAAUGAUAAAAUCAGUGAGAUAUCAUCGGACAGUUUUACAGACCGUGGCCAUGAGCCGAUUCUCAGCGCCUUCUAUGAUUCCUCCAACAUUAGCCUGCCAGACACUGCUGAAGAGAGGAGGGACUUGCUUUCUAUUUCUUACCCACAGGAUAAGUUCCGUGAGAAAGAAAGACACAGGCAUUCAUCAUCGUCAUCUUCCAAAAAGAGCCACGAUAAGGAAAAAGACAAAGUCAGAAAGGAUAAGACUGACAAGCGCGAUAAGUCUGAGGAGAGCAAGGAUUCUUACAGGCGGAGAGAAAGUCUGCCCUUUGAAAAGGAGCCCAUGCCUUUGGAAGCCGACCCAUAUACCUUUACCUAUGGGGCCAAGCCAGAUGGCGAGGAUGAUUUAGAUAGAACACUGGAGUUUGAGAAAGAAAUGAAUAAGAAGUCUGAGAAAGACAAAGCUAUCAGUACUGUUACCAGUGAGAAAGUCAAAGACAAAAAGAAGAAAGACAAACAUAAGGAGAAAGCAAAAGAGGAGAAGCACAAAUACACAGACAGCUUUAUUUCUUUAAAACACUCAAAAGAAGAGCAGAAAUCCGGAUCUAAAGAGACCCCUCUGAUCCUUAGUUUAAAAGAGAAGUCAAAAGACGAUGGUCCAAAAUUUGAAACAAAAAUCAAGGAAAGAAGUAAAGAUGUAUUUGACAAAGAUGGGAGAACAGAUUACACAAAGUCAAAGCUAGAGAAUGACAAGGUUAAUCAAACAAGAGAUGCAACUCGGAAAGAUAGUCGUCCACGGGAGAAGUUAUUAGUCGAUGGUGAUCUCAGAUUGACCAGUUUUGGACAAAUGCUUAGUCAGAAGGACCAAGAAAUUGAAGAGCGUCAUAAAAGACAUAAGGAGAGAAUGAAACAGAUUGAAAAGCUGAGACAUAGAUCUGGGGAUCCUAAAUUAAAAGACAAAACCAAAUCCAGUGAAGAUUUACGCAAGAACCGCACAGAGUCAUCAGCUAAAAAAUCUAAUUCCUUUGAAACGACAUUAAAGAAGGAAAAGCAGAAAGAUGUUGUCCUUCUGUCUCAAAUAAUGUCUCCUGAAAGGAAAUUGCAAUCUGUGGACUGUCAGAAUUCAAAAGAUUGGCUGUCUGGACAUCCAGUGACUGAAAACCUCCCUGCCUCCCCGAGACCAGAUCAGAACAGGCCUACUGGUGUUCCCACUCCCGCAUCUGUGAUCUCAUGUCCCAGUUAUGAAGAAGUCAUGCAAACACCUCGCACUCCUUCCUGCAGUGCAGAGGACUAUCCUGAUCUCAUGUUUGAUAGCAUAGACUGUCAGAGUUCAUCUGCUAUGACUAUGUCUAUGAAUGCCUGCUCGCCAUCCUUCUUUGACAGAUAUUCAACUUCUUCACAUAGCAUUCAAGAAAAUGGCUGUCUAACUCCAGCAAAAAACCUUCAGAUGCCUACUCUUAGUUCAGUUUCACUUGAUGUCAGAAGACCUUUGGAAGAUGAGUUUAAAGUGGACUCUAAUUUCAUUCAGCAAGAGAGUGUACCUGACUCAGAUUUGGGACCUAUUGCACCUCGCCCUCCAGAGGAUAAGAUGGUUUCAGUUGACAGGCUUGAAUGCCUGUCUCCUCCUGGAUUUUCACCUGAUGCUGGAAUGCCAUCACCAACGCUAGAGCCAGCUGAGCCCGCCUCAGCUGCUGUAACCUCAACAGCUAGAAGUGAUCACCUUCCUGAAAGUAUUUAUGGUAAUCUUUUACUGAAGCCAUCAACUCCAGUGCACAGACCUGAUCCUCAGGAGCCAUGUGUAGACAUUGCAGCUCCUCCUACUCCUGCCCCAGCUGCUCUCCCACCUCUGGACAUAGAUGGAUUCGUGGAGCAUCACGAUUCAAUGUCUCCAUCACUGCACAGUGAGCCCAAUCUAGUUCCCUCAGAUCCUGUUGGAGGAAGUAAUUUUUUGACAAUGACUGUAGCGAUACAAGAUGAGGAACCUGAAUAUGAAGUUGAUGAUGAGGAGGAGGAAGAUAAUGUUCAGGAGUCAGAAAGUGAGAGCCAUGUAGACAAAGAGGUGGAGUUUGAAAGAGAUGGCUGUUCUUUUGUUCCAUCCAUUGCAGAGAAUAUAAAAAGGGAUUGGCCUGAAUCCCCAGAGAGAGUACAGUCUGAGGAUGUGCCUCUGACUCCCAGUCGUCCUUCUGGAGGCAGCAUGGAAAAUUCCAAUGAUCACCCUGUCAGCUGGACUGUUAAUCCGGAGAUGCUCUUGAAAUCACCUCAAAGGAGUUUUGUGGAGUUAACAUUGCCCUCCAAGAUCAUUCCUGGAACACCAGAAGACAGCCUGCAGCAGCAUCUUUCCAUGACAGUGCCUCACCCCCCAUCAGCAACUCCACCUUACUUCCCCAGACCGUACUGUCCUCCACACAACCCCGAGUCUGAUUAUGAGACUCAAAGGGAUACAGUAGAUGAAAUGCUUAAGCCAUCACUUGAGGCUGAAUCAAAUUUCAUAACCCCUUGCACAAGACUGGAGUCUUUUUUCCCUGACUGUAAAUCCACCCCUGAAGAGAGUGGUGUAACCUCAGAACCUCAGUGCCUGACAGAAGGCACUCGUCAGGAUUAUGAAGUUGAGAACACAGCACCAUCUGUCAGACAGGAGCCGGUGGUGCCAUGGGCAGACCCCUUUCCUACUGCAGUGGAUGACUUGGAUUAUUUGGGACCUUUCUCCUUGCCAGAUUUGCCCUUACAAGACAAAGAAAUGCAAGAGCCUACCAUCUCAGAUUCAGAGGUUAUGGAUUACAAACAUCAUCCUGCCCAUGCUGCAUCUCCCACUAAUGUAGUUAAAGAUGAUCCUGAAUCAAUACCGUUGGACUUGCCAGUUGAAUCCGAAACGCCCAGUUCUCCUGCUGUUGUACCACUGAGUGAACCUGUACAGAAACCAGUUAAAACCUCAGAAGACUGCGAUCGGUCAGAACAUGAACUGGAACCAGAACCCCAGAAAGUUCCAGAGGACGAUUCUGUGGAAGCUGCUUUUUCAAAAGUUGAUGAUUUGGUAGAUGAAAGAAGUGAAAACCAUGCAAGUUUGCAGCAAGCUUCCACAGAGGUAAAUGAUCAUGUAGAGCAUUCAUUGUCAAACUCAACAGUGAAAGAGCCUAGUUCUCCUGCUGUUCCACCAUGCUCUGAGUCAGUAACCGCUUGUGACAUUGACAACAGUCAAGAAACUCCAUCUAUCACAAGUCACUCUCAGAGCAGUCCAAUCCAUGCUGUCCCUGUGUCAUCAGUUGUCCCACAGUCAAGCCCAGUUUCAGUGUCAAGGCUCCAUGAGACUGCUCCUAAAACAUCUGUUUCUGCAACUGCUGCUGAAGUUGCCAAGAAGGUGGAGGAGGUACCGCUGAGAAUGACAAGGAACCGUGCUCAGAUGCUGGCCAAUCAGAGCAAGCAGAACAACUCUGCCCCCACCUCCAGUGUGACAUCAUCUGGCCCAGGUCUGAGCAAUACCAGCACUUCCUCUACCACCACCAUAACCCCUUCUACCCCUGCAGAGAAAGAGAAGGAAAACUCUGUCACCACUGCUCCCAGCUCCAACACUGCUGCCCCAUCCAUUGUCAGUAAGACCAAAGGCCGCCCUGUGGAGGAGGAUGAUGCCCAGACGCAACAUCCACGCAAGAGGAAGUUCCCUAAGGCUGGCCCCCAGCAGGUGCAAGUCCAGUUGGUCAAUACAGCUAUGCAGCAGACAAGAGAGAUGAUCCAGCAAACGUUGGCCGUCAUCGUGAAUGCCAUCAAGCUGGAUGACAUUGAGCCCUACCACAGUGAUCGUUCCAACCCCUACUUUGAGUAUCUGCAGAUACGGAAGAAGAUUGAGGAGAAAAGGAAGAUCCUGUGCUACAUCACUCCCCAAGCCCCUCAGUGUUAUGCUGAAUACGUCACCUACACAGGUUCCUAUCUGCUGGAUGGCAAACCCCUCAGCAAAUUACACAUCCCUGUUAUUGCUCCACCACCAUCUUUAUCAGAACCCCUGAAAGAGCUGUUCAGACAGCAGGAGGCAGUCAGGGGAAAGUUGAGGCUUCAGCAUAGCAUUGAGCGGGAGAAGCUGAUAGUGUCAUGCGAACAGGAAGUUCUACGGGUACACUGCAGAGCAGCAAGGACGAUAGCCAACCAGGCUGUCCCCUUUAGUGCCUGCACCAUGCUUUUGGAUUUGGAAGUGUACAACAUGCCUUCUGAGACUCAGGGCGAUGAGAAUAAGUCUGUGAGAGACCGCUUCAAUGCCCGUCAGUUUAUUUCCUGGAUUCAGGAUGUAGAUGACAAGUACGACCGCAUGAAGACGUGUUUAUUAAUGAGACAGCAGCACGAGGCUGCAGCCCUUAACGCAGUGCAGAGGAUGGAGUGGCAACUCAAGGUGCAGGAGCUGGACCCAGCUGGACAUAAGUCUCUCUGUGUGAAUGAGGUCCCUUCCUUCUACGUGCCAAUGGUUGACGUCAAUGAUGACUUUGUGCUGUUGCCCGCAUGACAGGAAAAGGCUCUCAGCUGUGUCAUAUCACCAUUGAAAUUGACAUAAAAUAGAACGUAUAGUAAGGGCUAGCCGGUUUCAAAAGGAAAGUUAUUUUGCGAAAAUGUACAAAGGAAAAAUAACUUGCUAAUGAAUCCCUUCUGCAAGAGGAGGAAGCAUCUUUUUUACCAGGAAAAUUCAACUUGCACUUUCAUCCUUCAAAUUCUUAUGCUUUUGUUCAGAAAAAGCAAAACGGUUUUGUUUGGAGCUCACCCCUUUUGCUGAUGCUGGGAAAGAAAGUACAAGUGUUUUUUGUUCAUUUUUCAUUUUUUUGAACAAAAAGAUCAUGAUGACUGGGCAGAAUUUUCUGGUCACUGGAGAUCAGAACUAAUCAGAGGAGGAAAGGGGUAGCAAGAUGGACCUCGUGGAAAGGUAGAAGUAGGGGUGGAGAGGCUUAAAGAGCAAACCAGAUACUUCUCCUGCUUUCCAGACAGGGGACAGUGCACAUGGAGCCUCUCCGAGUGUUAGGUUCAGGGGAAUAUGUCCACCCCUAUAUCAGACCUCAGCUGACCUCCUGUGGGGUCAUGCAGGAGCAGCCUCGUGACUUUGCUGUGCAGGAGAGAGAGCAGCAGAGCAAGAGGAGGAGCUGCUGUUCAGGCCAGUGUCUCUGUGGAGGAAACCACAGCCUGCUGUUCAGGGCUGUAGCUUGACCUGGCAGGAAGAGAGUGGAAGCUGGAGGAUCCUGCAGAGGUCCAUCACCAUAGGUUGCAUGCAGGUUAGAUUGGCCUCUACUUUCACAAUGUUUUACACACCUGUCCAAUGCAAAUAAGUGCAUGAGGAGAAGAGGUGACAAGUGGACAAGACAAAAUGUUUUAGCGUCAAAUAAAUCUUUUUCUAUUUCUUUACUCGGGCAUUUCAUUGUUUCUCUUUCUGAGAAAGUGACUUGAAACACUACAGAGCCAAUAUUAGUUUAAAGGAAAAAUUAAAAUUUUAAAAAAUUGUAUCCCGUAAAUUCUGUACAGUUUUUAUAUACGUUAACCAAUGUAUUCUCGCUGCCUUCUAGAUAAUUUAUUUUGCAACACAUUACUGCACAGUUGUAAAUAACUUAUGUACUGUAACUUCACUCUCAGUUGUGUAAAAAAUAAUAAAGAAAAUUAUCUUUUUAUGUACAGUUCACAUUUGGGAAACAGUUUCCCUUAUAACAAUGGGCCAAAUGUGUACCCAUUUUCAGUAUUUUAAAGACAGGCUCCUGUGCGCAGUUGUGAAAGAUCCUCCACAUUCUGUCCAGACCUGGUCAAAAAAGUGGUUUGAACAGGUCAAGGUGCCCAUCAGGGUAGUGCGUAGCCACAUUUACAUCUCAAUGUGACCCCGUCAUUCACUUUUUAAAUAGUUUCUCAGAUGGCAAGAACUGCAUUAGAUGUAGUAGAAUGGUUUCUAAAUCUGUCCAGAGUUUGUAAUAUGCAUUAUGGUUUUAUUACAGAACCAUCAAGCUAAGAAGUAAAAAUUUUAACCAAGAAAAUGCCUUUUUAUUCACUGUUAAUUUAGUAAAAUAUUUAAGUAAAGUUAAAAUACAACAUAGUGUCAAAUAAGGCUUUUGUUUUUUGUCCGGUUGUAGAAAUAUCCAGGAAUCCACAAUGAAUGGUGUUAUACAUGUGUGACAAUUUUCAUUAUCAUGGCAUCUCUGAAUUUUAGUUUAUAUAUGUCAUUUUAGCACAGUGCAUAUUAUGGUUUAAAUUAUAGAUUAUUUCCAUUAAUUGGAAUACUGUAGCCCACUUAUUUUUUAUUCCCUACUUUAAUUGCCUCUUAUUGUAAAAUGUGUAGUAGAAAUAUUUAGGUGUAUUUUAGUUUGGAAUUUUAAGUGUUCGUGUAACCAAAUGAGUGGAGUGAGGUUUUAGUUCAUUUUCCCCCAGAUGUUGUUUUUAUUUGCAGUAUACAAGCAGUGAAAGAGUAAUAGCGUAGAAAAUACUACAUGUCCCUUUGUAAGCAAUAUGCAGAUCCCAUGUGCUUCUGCAAGUGGACAGUUCCUUGUAGUUUAAAAUGCCUGAUUUUUAAAGAAUGAACUAUCCACUUUCCAUUUUCUUUGCAUAGUCUAAAAGCCAGAGAACCUCUUGUACUUAAGUUUUUCUUCUGAUAGUCAGAAGGUGGCACUAUAGGAUAUUGGUGACCAAACUCAACAGGUUACACAGUUACUCAACAGUUGAGUAAAUUUUUGAGGUCCUUUUCAGGUGGUGUUUGUAUUUUAUAGAAGCCACACACUUUGAUUAUGGGGAACGAUUUGUUUGUUUAUGCUAAUAAAGUGUUAGUUUAGUGAAUAUUCAUAUAGAUGGUAUCCAGAACAGUUGUCUGCAUUAAUUGCAUACAUCUAAAAUUCCUUAAAUCACACACCCAACACUUAAGCUGUUGAACUGUGCGUUUUCUGCAAAGCUGCACAGAUGAAGAAUGACAUUUUUUUUAGCAGAAGAAUGACCAGUUUAGGUCAGUGAUGUCAGGAAGUUUCAUUUAAUUUAAUUUGUCACUUUCAUUUCAAUAUUAUUUUAAUACUGAGGACAUACGAGUCAGGUCCCUCUGAGUGCUGCAUUUUCACUUCCAUUUUAAGGCACAUUGUUUUUGGUACUCUUGAGUGCUUUGUCAUCUGUAGGUUUUCACAGAAUUUCUUAUCUAUACAAAUGCAAGAUAUCCCUGCACACAGUGAUAAAAUUUAAUAACAUAAUAGCAACACGCUCCUAAAAAGGUAAGACUUUUUUUAAAAAAAAAAAAAAUCCUUGUUUCAACAAUACAUUGUAACUCCCUUAUCCCAGACACAACUGUUACUUUUAUCCACUGGUAGCAUGCAAAUUUCUUACAGCCAGUGUCAUGGCAGCUUAUAGACCCAUAAUGUCAUACUCUCACAGAUACAUGUAAAUGCUUAGCUAAAAUUUACAUAUACUUAUUUGAAUCCCAGAUUAGACAUCAAAAUGAAACUUGCAUUUUCAGAAUUGGUUUAGACAGAAUCUCAUGUAAAUCUUUGUAUUUCUAAAUCCUUGCAUUCCCUAGUACUGGAUAAUAGUGUAGUUUUGUUUCUUUGCAAAGCAUAAACACUUAGCAUGUUGAAGUCAUUGCUUAUGAACAAAAUGUAUUGCGUCAAUAAGCCCUGUAUCCUUGCUGUUGUUUACCAGAAGUUGAGCGUCAGUUACAGCAGUAUCUUUGGCAUGAGUCCAGCCUAUUGUUUCUGCUCUGUCAAACUAAAAGGCUUGAAAUUGUGCAUGUCCAUUCUUGGUUUCUGUCAGUUACACCUCGCGCACCACUUGAAAUAUAGUUUGACAUCUGUGUGUCUUCACACUGCGUUGUGCUCCCUUUUUUAUUUACAAUAUCAUUUGUACUGCCUUGGGAACCGUUUCACCUUUCUUAUGACACCUGGCUGAUCAGUCCUUUGUGUUACGUUACUUCAUCCUUCAUUUAGGCCUCAGGUUUCACCAACAUUAAUACUUUUGAAACAUGCCUGUUUUCUUCUCAGGUUUUUAAAACACAGAGAAACUGCAUCUUAAUGUUGAAGCAUCUGGCGAGAGUCCAAAACACCUUACCCUCCACAGCUUAGAAGCACUUAGCACUGCACUCAUCUCUUGAUUUCACCUCUUCAGGUCACCAUACCAUACUUAUAGUUUUUCACACAGUUUAGGGUUGAACUGGAUCCCAAUUAUGUUUUGAACUGGAUCAACUAUUCAUUGCCGAAGUCACAGUUUCAAGCCUUUUCCUUUGUAUUGAUUUUGAUAUCCCCCAACAGUAUAUUAACCUAAAGUGGACAGUAGCUGUGUUAAAGGAUCAACAUCUUUAAGCAUGGAGAACUAAUCUUUAAAUGGUGAAAUGAUAACCUAUUUAUUAUCUUUCUGACACCUGUGGUAUGUUGGAGUCAGUCUCAGCUGUGUAAAUUUCCCUCUUGUAAUGCCUAAUCGAGACAUUGUACAUAGCUGUAAAUAUGUCCCAAAACAUUUUGCACCCUUCUCUUUGUACUGGUCUAAACUUCCGUAGAAUGUGGGGUUCUAACAGAAAUGAGAUGGGGCGCUCGCUGCCCGUGAUGUAACAAUGUAAUUUUUUUCCCUUUUUUUGUACAAUGUAGUUGAACUGUGUACAUAUUGUUGGAGCAGCUAUGGGCGGGGAGGGUGUGGGGUUUGUUGAUGCUGUCGUCAGUGCUGAAACACAGCCAGCACUGUCACCUUUAGCUGUAUCGAUUUACUGCAAAAACAAAAUGAAGAAAAAAAAGAAUUAAAAAAAAAAAAAAAAAAACUAAAUAGAAUUAAAAAAAUAAAACAAAUUAUUUUCUACAGUUGCAUGUACAGAGAGCGGGAGAAAUGCUGUUGUCCCUCAGAGAUUAUGUUCAUAAAUAAAUUUUAAAAAAUAUAUUUUGUGUGGAUUCUUCUCUUGUCCAGCAGUAUACCCAUAUCACUAUCA